AGAUGAUUUCUAAAUUUCUAAUUGUAAUUGUGGCAACGUAGCCAAAAGGUAAAUAAAUAAUUAUAAAUCAAAAUAUAUAUAUAUAGAUAUAGACGGCAAGCUGUCGAUUUGUGCAUUAAUUCGAACAAUGACGACAACAACAACCUGUGAACUCGCUGCGACGCAGAAUCAACAACUAAACAAAUUUGUUGCCAAAACCUAUAAAUACGCAUUGCUCAAAAAUGUUCAUUUGACUCUCCAUGCGCCCGUCCAUAGUCCAGGUGAGACGAUUUACACGCGCGGCAAGUUCAACUAUUUCCACUACGGCUGCGAUGGCACCUUGGACACGGGUUGGGGCUGCGGCUAUCGCACACUGCAAACGGCCAUUUCAUGGAUUAUCAACAAACGCAACCAGGAAAUGACGCAAAAUGUGCCAUCGAUUGAGGAGAUUCAGCGCACGCUGGUCGAGAUUGGCGACAAGCCCUCCCGGUUUAUUGGCUCACGCGAUUGGAUUGGCACCCUGGAGGAGUUCUAUGUCAUCGACGCCAUCUUUGAAAAUCUGCCUUGCAGAAUUGUCCACGUUCAGCAAUUAAAUUCGCAGCAGAUCAUUGAGCAAAUUCGUAAAUAUUUUGAGGAAUAUUGCGGCUUCAUUGCCAUGGGCGGCAUGAGCGACAUGGCCUCAAAGGGUAUUGCGGGCAUUCAUCUGAGCCAGUCGGAUGGCGUAUCGCUUCUAAUUGUGGAUCCGCACUUUUCGGGCGUGCCCAGCUCCAAGGAGCAGCUCAUUCACAAGGGCUACGUGCGCUGGAUGCACAUAAGCGAGUUCGAAGAGAGCGCCUAUAAUCUCUGCUUUAUACUUCAAAAAUAAGCUUAGCACAUUUUCAAUUUUUUAUCGAGGG